AUGGCCCUUGACAUGGAUAUACAUGAGUUGCUGGUAAUAGGCAAUUUAGAUUUUCUGAUUUGCCAAGUACUUAGAGAAUGGGCCACUAAGAAUAGCAAAACCUUGCCGUAUGUGAAACUCGCACAAAGAUUGUGCAAAAAGUUCAAGAAGAUUGAAUUCAAGCACACACCGAGGGCUCAAAAUGAAUUUGCCGAUCCACUUGCUACCAUAGCAUCCAUGAUACAACAUCCCAAAAACAGCCACAUUGACCCACUUGAGAUAACUUUGAGGGAAGAACAUGCUUACUGUUCUCACGUGGAGGCGAAACCCGAUGGCAAGCCAUGGUACGCCGAUAUAAAGUCAUUGUGGAGAAUGGAGAGUAUCCCAAAAAUACCACGAGAAAUCAAAAGAAAACCAUCCGGCAAAUGGCUAACAGAUUCUUCUUAA